AUUAUGGAAUAUUGUUCUAUAUGAAUAAUAUUCAUCUACCAAGUAUAAAUUCACUUCACUUGAAGACAGUCUGCUACAAUCCUGAUUGUACUAUCAUUAUCAACAUUCUUGAAUUAUGAAUGGCACUGUGGUCAGUGUCAAAUCGCUAACUCCAACAUGGAAUGAAACAAGACAUAAAUUUCUAUUGGUGCUGAUCACUUUUGGAAUUAUUUCAAAUAUCAUUUUGCUGGUGAUUACAUUUAUUACAAAGAAUUUAAUCAGAAGGAGUCUUCAACAUUCAACCUCAGCGACAUCGAAGUACAACAAGCUGAUUAGGAAUUUGGCGGACAGAUCUCAGUCAAACAAGAACACAUUCCCGGCAUUCUUCUUAUCAAAGUGUUGUGUAACUUCGAAUGAUGACGAUCAGAUCAUCACUCCACCCAGCUCCGCAUAUUCUUGUUGUGAGUUUGAAGUCAACUGGGGUUGUUGUAUUUACAAGACUGAGUGUCAGUCUCGAUGUUUUACAAAAUCUUCCAACAGAUCUCCGGUUGCAACCAACAUUGAGCUAGAAAGGCUAAAAAAUUAUUCGAAUAGUGAUAUUGAUGGCAAUUCUGUCAACGUGAUCGAAGAUUCUCCCAAGAAGAUUCAGAAAAAUCCCACUAUAUGCAUAAACAAUUACUCCAUGACGAAAACGCUUGCAGAUCAAUGUGAAAGUUCGUCAAUUUCUCGAAAUUCGACGAGACAAUCACUUAAAUGUGACCAUUUAUACACUGAGGUACACAAAAGUAGCGAGUACACAAAUUCAAAUUCCUCAAUUGCAAUGACAGGACCGCCAACCAAUUUUCGAAGCUUGUCAACAUCCCCACCAGCAUCUCCACCAAAGAUCAUCACAGAAAAUAACAGCUGCACCCUAGAACAUACAAACUGGCACAUUUUUCGUUUUUUAACACAAAUUUUAGCAUUUGCUCAAAUUGGUUAUUUGAUAUUUGAAAACCUCCUACCGUGGAUAUCAAAUUUACUAAUCCUCUACCUUGGAUUUGGUUUGAAACUGAAAUUGAAUAUCAACUGUCGACUGAAACGUAUGUUCGGUGCAUUUUUCUUACUAUUCGAAGAAUGGAGCUUGCUGUUAUUUGGGAUUGAACGUGUAUGCAAAGUGCUGUUCAGUGUACACUCAGUCAACCGGAGCUGUCAUCCAGCAAACCUUUGUCUCAUCGAGCAUAACAGAUGUAAAUUGCAUUCAUUAUGCCUAAAAAUUAGUACAGGAUUAUUUAUAGCGUUGAUCUUUGCUGCCUUGUGUAACUAUCUAUGGGUUUUUGGUCAAUUCCACUGGAUCAAUACUGUGAAAUAUGUCGACUCAACAAAGAAUAUCACUCAAGUCGAGACUGUCAGUUGUGAUGUCAGAUCAGAGUAUUUCAGAUUCUAUUAUACCUUUUUAAUUUACAUGGACCCGUUAUUCACUUUUAUUAUUCCUCACUUGUGUUGCAUCUCUUUCUCUAUCAUCAUCCUGCUCCACUGUUGCCUUAGACCAUUCUGUCGAAGACCUCAAACACCGACUAACACCAACACUCCUAAUACGGCAAUGGGAAGCAAUUCUGUGGAUGGAGCACCUGUACAGAUGAUGCUCAGAUCGAAUUUAAAUCGUGUGUAUAAUUUAAUUGAUUAUAUGAGUACAACAGUAUUUCUAAUUGACUGUUUAUUAAUUGUAACAUUGAAAUUUUGGCGAAAUAUUGAAAAAACAAUGAUGGUAUUUUUCCGGAUCACAUUGGAUACAAAUUAUUUUAUGAUUAGAAAUGAACUGUAUCACCUGGUCUUCUGUCUAGUACCAAUAACUACAAUCUCCAUUUAUGUUGUAUUUUAUUAUAAGAUCAAAAAGUGUUUACGAUCACGUCGAAGAUCGUUAGAUAUUUAGCUGACUACUUUCGUUUAUGUGUGUGUGUUAGUGAGUUGUUUGCAUAAUAACAAGAACUUGUAGGAGUUAGUUCAAUUUUCAGUGGAAGUUGUGAAGCAUUUUCGUAUAUUUUUUUCAAUGUACAUACGUAUGCUAAAUUGAUGUCAGAAUACAGGUAUUUUUUCUAUGUCGUAUACUGUAACUUGUUC